AUGAAGGAAUUCGAGUACAACGUCCUUCCAAGCCGAGUCAUCUUUGGCUCCGGCUCUGUCAAGAAACUCCCCGCUGAGAUUCAGCGUCUCAAUGUUUCUCGACCCCUUCUCCUCGCAACGCCCGGGAAGAGCAACUUCUCAAAUCAGCUGUCUGACAUCAUCCAAGCCGCCGCCAUCACUAUAGCCGGCACUUUCCCCCACGCAAAAGCGCACACGCCGACCUCUGUGACGGAAGAAGCAACCGCCUUUCUCGCCUCCGUCGCCGCCGACUGCGUGGUUUCCAUUGGCGGCGGCUCAGUAGUCGGCCUAGGCAAAGCCGUCUCCAUUCGCACAGGAGUACCCCAUAUCAGCAUACCCACGACGUACUCGGGCUCGGAAAUGACGCCCAUUCUCGGCGAGACGCAAAAUGGCAAGAAGACGACGCGGUCGGAUCCCAAGAUUCUGCCCGCAGUCGUCAUCUACGACGCAGACUUUACCAUGACGCUGCCGCCCGCCAUCUGUAGUACUUCUGGAAUCAACGCCAUUGCCCACGCCGUAGAGGCGCUCUACGCGACGAAUGCCAACCCCAUCACUUCGAUGCUUGCGCUCGAGGGCAUCAAGGCGCUGGCAGCGGCGUUGCCACAGAUUGUCCGCAGCCCGGAAUCCCAGGCGCCAAGGGAGGAGGCUCUUUACGGCGCUUGGCUUUGCGGCGCUGUCCUGGGGAGCUCAUCCAUGGGGCUUCACCAUAAGCUGUGCCAUGUGCUCGGGGGGUCGUUUACACUCCCCCAUGCAGAGACACACACCGUCGUGCUGCCGCAUGCGCUGUCGUAUAACGCGCCUGCCAUCCCGGAGCAGAUGGCCAAGUUGGCUACUGUUUUCCCCGGAAGCAAUGGAGACGCUCUACGCGGUCUGGAGCUGUUGCUGCAAGAGCUGGGGGUGCCGCGGGCACUCAAGGACUUGGGCAUGGAGGAGGGCGAUAUCGAAAAGGCGACCGAGAUUGCCGCGGGUAAUCAGUACCCGAACCCGCGUCCACUGGAGAAACAAUGGAUUCGCGAACUGAUUCGACGAGCUUGGGCUGGAGAAACUGCCAAGGCAGACUUGUGCAAUGAGUAA